CCCGGCCAGGCGCUGCCCACCCGAGGGAGCCCGCACUCCGCACCCGCCCACCCAACCCUCUGCCCGCCCCCACGAGCCGGGCAUCUGUGCCAGGAGCCCUCUUGAAUCAACUGAGAAGGGACCUGCAGAGCAAACGCCAUGAGCAUCUCAGCUCUUGGAGGCAGCACCAAAGGGAAGCCUCUCCCACCGGGGGAGGAGGAACGCAAUAAUGUCCUCAAGCAGAUGAAGGUGCGAACCACGCUGAAGGGGGACAAGAGCUGGAUCACCAAGCAGGAUGAAUCAGAGAGUCGUACCCUCGAGCUGCCCUCUGGCCGGAGCCGUGCCACAUCUUUGUCAUCAGCUGCCAGGCCUCCGAGCACAAGAGCUCCCACUGGCUAUAUCAUCCGGGGAGUGUUCACCAAGCCCAUAGACAGCUCAUCCCAGCCCCAGCAGCACUUCCCCAAGGCCAACAGAGCUCCGAAAAGCACUGCAGGUCUGGUGAGAGCAGCUCCAGCUAGGCCUCCCCACCCCUCCUCCUCUGGCUACAAGAUGACCACUGAGGAUUACAAGAAGCUGGCACCCUACAACAUCAGGCGCAGCUCAGCAUCAGGGGCCGCUGAAGAGGAGGAGGUGCCCUUCUCUUCUGAUGAGCAGAAACGGAGGUCAGAGGCUGCAAGCAGUGUGGUGAGGAAGACAGCUUCCCGGGAGCACUCCUACGUCCUGUCAGCGGCCAAGAAGAGCCCCAGCAGCCCUGCCCAGGAGACACAGGCCCCAUUCAUUGCAAAGAGGGUUGAGGUUCUGGAUGAGGAUGGGCCUUCUGAGAAGAGCCAAGACCCACCUGCUCUGGCAAGAUCUACUCCUGGAUCGAGCAGGUCUUCCCCGGGCUCCAAAGAUAAGGAGGUCCUCAGCCCCAGAGAGCCCGACAGAGACUUGGCUGGUGAGGAGGCCUUUAAGAGCCCUGAACCAGACCCUGAAAGGUCAAGUUCACAGUCAAGUGAUGGAAAUGUGGGAUCUGGAGCCUCGGGCUCCCCACCUGAAUGCUUGGUUGGAGCACAUAUCAGCUCUGGGAGAGGAGGCUCCUCCAGAGCUGGCAUAAAGGGCCACUCACAGCUGGAGGCCCAGCCCUCGCCCAAGUGGGCUGCAGGCAGGCUAUGCUCAGCUGCUGGCUUCACCCCUCUCCCGGAUGAUCAGAACGUGCAUGGUGCCAACUCUCAGCUUUGCAAGCCUGGACCAGCAGCCACCAGCUCUGGUGCCACUUUGGCCUCUGCUGUCCUGGCUGACAGGAAGAGUGACAGCCCAGCAGACCUGGAGGACAUGAAAGCAGACCCAAAGGGUGCCUUGGCUGGGUCUGAGGAGAAGAUUGUGGCUGCCAAGGUGGGAGAGGCCUGGCAGGAGAGGCCCAAAACCCCGAGAAGUGACGAGGGAGACCCAGCUGCAGCCAUCCAACAGCCUGCAGACCCCAGCACCUCCGAGUUGCAGAGCAGCCACAGAAGACCUGAGCAGUUUAUGGAACUGGACAGCCAGGCCAGCAGUGCCUUGGCUGGGUCUGAGGAGAAGAUUGUGGCUGCCAAGGUGGGAGAGGCCUGGCAGGAGAGGCCCAAAACCCUGAGAAGUGACGAGGGAGACCCAGCUGCAGCCAUCCAACAGCCUGCAGACCCCAGCACCUCCGAGUGGCAGAGCAGCCCCAGAAGACCUGAGCAGUUUAUGGAACUGGACAGCCAGGCCAGCAGGGUGAGAAACCCCUCAAGCUGUGUGGUCACUGUCACCGUCACUGCUGCUGCUGAGCAGCCUCACGUUUAUAUCCCAGCCUCCCCGAGUGAACCAGACUCCAGCUCAACCAGCAAAGGGAUUCUCUUCAUGAAGGAGUACGUGAAUGCUAGCGAGGUAUCCUCCGGGAAGCCAGUGUCCCCACACAGCAUCAGCAGAAUUGAGGACUCAUUCAACAUGGAGAAGAAACCCCCAUAUGACAGCAUCCCAUACUCUGAGAGAACUGGAGGGAUCUGUACUUACUGCAACCGGGAGAUCCGAGAUUCCCCAAAGAUUACCUUAGAACAUCUUGGCAUCUGCUGCCAUGACUAUUGCUUUAAGUGUGGGAUUUGCAGUAAACCAAUGGGUGAACUCCUCGAUCAGAUCUUCAUUCACCGUGACACCAUCUACUGUGAGAAAUGCUAUGAGAAGCUCUUCUAGGCUGAGAAGAAGCUGCUGACUCCUGGACAAAUUUGGCUGUCCUGAGUUGCCCCAAGUUUCCUAACUUCAUCCCUCCCCAUUUGAUUUCUUCAUGCUUUUGCCCUUCUCAAGUUGAACUUGCUUACAGCCAGUAGUAUAUCUUAAUGAUGCUAUGUUCCUUAUUUGUGUGUGUAACUUUUUAUAGCUUAGAAAUCACUUCACAUCCAUGAUCUCAUUUCAGGCUCAAGCAGAAAGGAUUGAACAAGAAUUCCAUCUUGGCUUCCCUAAGACAGGUGGCCUCCUGGUAUGAUAGGCAUGGGCAAGAGCAUGGGGUUCAGUGUGUUGUGACUCUUGGGACGGAGAGCAUAUCCCAUUCUGGUCCACAGCUCUGAGUGUACCUUUGGGACUUGAGAGCAGAAGGAGACCCCCUGAAGCUUCUGAGGGCCAGGUUGAAGACUGUUGAUGAUCCCUGGUGGGUAAAUUGCAGACAUUGAAUGCUAGAAAUUGGCAUAGGCUAAUGUUUGGCUUGUCUAUUUGCCAUAUAUAUAUUUUAAACUUUCCAUACACUUUUAAAAGUAGUUAGUUGCUUUUUAUUGAGUUCUAUAGCAUAUUUUAAUUACCUCUUUCUACCCACCUUUCACUAUAGUUGAGUUUUGUCCCACAGGCAUGUAGUCAUGUAUUAGAAAGUUUACAGAAUUAGGUUUAAAUUCUGUAGGAUGUGAUUCUUAGGAGGCUACUGACCAAAGGGACAUCUGUGUCUGAAUCUUGGUAGGUGAUUGAUACCUUUGCCCUCAAUUCCUGAUCCCUAAGCUUUAUGCAGAAAUCCUCUAAAGUAGGUUUUAGGGUAUAUAGACUCCUGCAGGAUUAAGAAGGGAGAAAAGCAGCUAACAUUUCUUGAGGCCUUUCUACAUACCAGGCAUUAUCACAAAGUGAUGAUGUUAAUCCCCAUACUAAUCUUGUGCAGAGGGUAUUCUUGUCCCCAGUUUACAGAUGAGGAUAUUGAGGCUCAUAUAUGAGAGAUGGUCAUUGCAUUGUGCAGAACCAUUGCUGUCUCUCCCUUCUAACAGUAACCACAACAGCGAGCACUGAUUCAGUGCUGAGUAUGUGCCAAACACUGUGCUGAGGUUACCUAUCCUACCAGGUAACACCACCCCCUCAGGCCUCUCCUGAGGCACACUCUUACAAAGAGGAGAAGGUGUGAAAUCACUCCUCGUCUGGCCAUCCUGGGUCGCCCUGUGAAGUACCAGAAGGACCAAACUGCCCCCCUUCUCUCUCCUCCCCUUUCCCUGAAACCGCUUCUGAACUGAGAUGCUCACAGCUGGCAAGAGAUUUGACUCACAGACCUUCCAAAGAGGAGCUUGUCAAUCCAGGGAAAGCUCUAGUGGGCUAGCCAAUCUGAGCACAGCACCUUCAGUGACCUCCUAUAUUCCAGUCCAGACUCUGUCCCAAGCUAGCAGCAACUACUGGGGCCCCAGGUACUCAGAAUGUGGAAACCUGUUGCUGGCUGGACAGGUGCAGGCCCAUUCGUGUGGUCAGCUGACGCUCUGCUCAACUUCAACUGGGCUUCUCUACCUUUGGGACCAGCAUCGCUGUGUAGGCUCCCCGAGAGGAGGAACAACCUGAGAGUUUUCCUGAUGAAAAAUGAGAGCCUCUUCUCUUGAUUUAAUUAUAAAAUAUCUCUCCAUCUCUCCCAUUUCAGAGUCCUAUGCACAUUGACUUGUAGGCUUGUUCUUCCUGUCAAAUGAUCAGGGAGGAUCCAUUUAUUUGCAAAGAGAUGCAUCAGAUUUGCUUUGGAGGGAAAAAGUGGUACAACAUGCCGUGUACUGACACUGAACAUGAGCUGGUGUUCCUCAAGACUAGCCCUUGGCCCAUGGUAGGCACUGACAUGUAGGUGCUGAAUGAAUGAAUGAAAAGAAAAGAAACGUCACUUUUUGGGCAGGAGGUGCCAUCCCUGAGUCUUGGUAGUACAGGCCCCGCUGAUGGAGUGCAGGAUAAAAAGGUCCAAGAUAGGCUGGCUUCCCCACCUUCAAGAUACACUCUGCCUUUAAGGGAGUUUUAGAACCAACAUGCAAGAUAUUGAUAGAAAGCUUGCGAGAUCAAUAUUGAUUUCAAUCCAAAACAGCCUCUCUCAAUGGCUAAAAAGGCACAGAAUUGUGCAGACUUAAGGAAAAGGGGUGGUUGCAUCACACUUUUGCUUUUUAAUUGCCUAGUGUUUUUAAUCAUACUUGCUUAACCCACAUUAAUGUACACAAUUAUAAUAAAUGUUAAGAUAUUA